AGGGUUCCCGGAAAGGUGUUGUCUAGCGGGGAUCAGAUUCCCGACAGAGCUCAGCGCGGGUCUUUCCUGUCACGUGCUGCACGGAGCCGCGGCUAGACUCGUUAUUGCUAGGCAACGGCUUGCACGCUUUGUCCGGUGCUGCAUCCUAGCUGUCUAGGAGGAUCUGGGCGCCGCAGGCGGACAUGGACCAGUACUGCAUCCUCGGUCGCAUCGGGGAGGGCGCCCAUGGCAUCGUCUUCAAAGCCAAGCACGUAGAGACUGGAGAGAUCGUUGCCCUCAAGAAGGUGGCCCUGCGGCGGCUGGAGGAUGGCAUUCCUAACCAGGCCCUAAGGGAAAUCAAGGCUCUGCAGGAGAUCGAGGACAGUCAGUAUGUGGUACAGCUGAAAGCCGUGUUCCCACAUGGUGCAGGAUUUGUGCUGGCCUUCGAGUUUAUGCUGUCAGACCUGGCAGAGGUGGUGCGCCAUGCCCAGAGGCCCCUGGCCCCAGCACAGGUCAAGAGCUACCUGCAGAUGCUGCUCAAAGGUGUUGCAUUUUGCCACGCCAACAACAUUGUGCAUCGGGACCUGAAGCCUGCCAACCUGCUCAUCAGUGCCUCAGGCGAGCUCAAGAUCGCGGACUUUGGCCUGGCCCGGGUCUUCUCUCCAGAUGGUGGUCGCCUCUACACACAUCAAGUGGCCACCAGGUGGUACCGAGCCCCUGAGCUCCUGUAUGGUGCCCGGCAGUACGACCAGGGCGUCGACCUAUGGGCUGUGGGCUGCAUUAUGGGAGAACUGUUGAAUGGGUCCCCCCUGUUCCCGGGAGAGAAUGACAUCGAGCAACUUUGCUGUGUGCUUCGCAUCCUGGGCACGCCCAGCCCUCGAGUCUGGCCGGAGAUCACAGAGCUGCCUGACUACAACAAGAUCUCCUUCAAGGAGCAGGCACCGGUGCCCCUUGAGGAGGUGCUGCCUGAUGCCUCUCCCCAGGCCUUGGACCUGCUGGGCCAGUUCCUCCUCUACCCUCCACACCAGCGUAUUGCAGCCUCCCAGGCCCUUCUGCAUCAGUACUUCUUCACAGCUCCUCUGCCUGCCCAUCCCUCUGAGCUGCCAGUUCCUCAGCGCCCAGGAGGACCUGCACCGAAGGCUCACCCAGGCCCCCCUCAUGUCCAUGACUUCCAUGUGGACCGUCCUCUUGAGGAGUCACUGCUGAACCCAGAGCUGAUUCGGCCCUUCAUCCCAGAGGGACUCUUAAGAGCUACAAGAAACUAAUGGGUGACAACUUGUGUCUGGACGCUGUUUGGAAACAAAGGCCAGAAGAGGGAGCCACCAUGUCGUUGCUGGGAAUUGAACUCAGUGUCUCUGGAAGAGUUCUUAACCACUGAGCCAUCUCUCCAGCCCCUAUAUCCUAUACUUUUGAUUGUAUAAAACAUCUUAAACAUUUUGUGAUCAGUAGUCAUAAAUUCCAGGUUUUCUGGGACUGGGGACUUGUUUGUUUACAAAUGUGUCCUCAGAGAGAGGGCAGCAGCAGCUGGAGCUGCAGGGCCAGGGGCAGAGAAGUCCAUACAACACUCACCAACACACUGGCAUUUGAAGCAUUUUCAAUCUUAAGAUAUAUUUUUAUGUCCAGCAUGUAACCCUUGACCAUAGAAAGAAAAGCUUGUAACUCUUUUUUUUUGGGGGGGGGCUAUGAAGUUAUUUUAUAUUUUGUAGCUAACCCUGGCCAGAUAGAGAAUCUUUCUUCCGGGGUGCCUGAACAAAGGCUGAGGUUAGGAAUCUGUGCAGAGUUAAUUAUUGUCCCCGGUACUCCAGUUAAAUUACUCUGCACUAUUUACCUUGGCUCAAUAAAUUGUACAGCUGGCUACAUGUUCUAGUAAAUAAGAUUGUAUUCUUUUUUGUUUUGUUUUUCAAGACAGGGUUUCUUUGUGUAAUAGUCCUAGAUGUUGUGGAACCCACUUGUAGACCAGGCUGGCCUUGAACUCAAAAAGAUCCAAGUGCUGGGAUUAAAGGUGUGCACUACCACUGCCCAGCUAAGAUUGUAUUCUUUUGGUAAUAGUUUACCUUAAAAUCCAAUUAGCAAAGCACCUGGCCUGAUCUAAAAGCUACUUUAAAGUUUUAUAUCAGUUGAUAGUGUGUGGCUAUCUUGGCAGCUGGGGAAAUUACAGUGUUUUCUUAAGCUGUACUCUAGUUCCACUCUUAAUGGAAGCUUAGAACUUCUGACUUGGGCAGCAUUUGUUUUAUUCAUGAAAACUCGGUAUAGGUUAACAGUAUUAAUACUAAUUGGAUAAUACAGCUAAGGCAGAACCAUCUUCUUGACAAUUCAUAGAUAA